AUGGAGGAUGGAGACGACAUGGAGACCUUCUUGGAGACUCAGCUCGAGAAGAGUGGAGAGGAUCUGGAUCUGGAGAAGGAGCUGGAGAAGGAAAUGGAGGAAUUGUCGCCUGCCGCUGCAGAGGUGGAUGUGGCGGAGAGUGGGGCGGCGAAGCCUACCAUGGCUCAGGAUGGAGACGACACGGCGACCUUGGAGACUGAGCUCGAGAAGAGGGGCGAGGACCUGGGCUUAGAUAAGGAGCUGGAGAAGGUAAUGGAGGCAGCCAUGAGGGGGCCUGACGAGGAAUCGGACCUGGAGAAGGAGCUCGAGAGAGUGAUGGAGGAAGAGCUGAAGAUGGAUGAGGAUCUGCGCACACCGUCGAAGGAGGCGCGCCCAGCGGCAGAGAAAGAAAGUCCGCCGAAAGCAAGCCCGCCGAAGGAGAAGGACGUAGACGAAACCCGUUUCACGCUUGACAAGGAUGGCAACAGGCUCCACAAAUGGAAGGUCGACUAUGCCGCACGAGCUGGGGGUGGCCGAGCAAUGUGUCGCGACUCACAAUGCCUUGAGAGAUGCGAGCAGGCCGGCGUGGCUGUCAUCGAGAAGGGAGCCCUUCGAAUCGGCCGGCGUGUCUUGAACAAGGAGGGCGACAUCAUGAUCCUCUGGCAAGAUGGACUCGGGGGUCCAUGCUGCUCAGUUUGCGUAUGCGAGCCCACCGAAGAAGAUCGGCUGCGGCAUUCACCACAGUGUCAGCAUCUCCAACCUGGCCUCUCCCGGCGAAUACCUCUAUGA